CCACAAUGCAUCAUCGCUGAAAACACAGGUCUGCCAUGUUUGCAUUCUGGUCGUGGUUGGAAAUCAUUGCCGCAUAGAAGCUGUCCCCUUGCCAGUUUCGCGUUUUAUGCCGUGAUAAUGGUGAAAAACUAAAGAUUAAAUGCACUCUCAAGAUUUGUAGUCCGACUCUACGCGGGACGCGCUUUGCAUCAUGUCAGCCAACGCUCAGGAUUAUGACUUCGAUGAAUAUGACAAACCCGGUGCUGAGCGGUCACGCAGGAGGAGAGGCGAAGAUGACGAUCUAGAGAGUGAUUUGGAAGAGGAUUUGUUGGAAGACGAUUGGCUGUCAGGUAAAAAGAAUCCCUCAGAAGUGUCAGAUGAAGAGCUGAAUGACGACCUUCUGCAAAGUGAUGAUGAAGAUGUAAAUAUGAGUGGUCAGGAUGUGAGCCUCAAUGCCACGUACACCCUGGGCACAUCCUAUGGCCAGCAGGACAACUUGCAGGAAGCAGACUACACAGAUGACGUUGUGAACCUGGGAGCAGAGGGCUGUGAAGAAGGGGAUGUGGAAGAGGCGGGGUACCAGCAAGAGGGGGAAGAGGAUUACGCAGAGGAAUAUAGCCAGGACGGCAAUACAGACAUCCCUGAAGACCAAAUGGAUUACACUGGAGAGCAGGCUGAGGGUGACGAUGGCUACCAGGAUGAAGUGCUAGACAUACAAAUCAAUGAGCCCAUAGAUGGUGAAUUUCAAGAUGAUGAAUAUGAAACCUAUAAUGAUCGGCCCGUGGAUGAACGUGGAGUCCAACAGGGGGAGGCCCCCGAAGAGGAGGAGGAGGAGGUAGGGGGAGAAGAGCAGCAGGAAGAGGAGGAGGAUGACGCAGCUGAGGGCUCACAGGUCUUUGACACAGAGGUUGAAGCUGUGCAUGAAGAAGAAACAAAGGAGGAAUCGGAUGAAGAGGACGAGGAAGAUGAAGAGUCUGGUCGGAUACGGUUCAAAUCUGAGCGAAAGGAUGGCGCUGUUGUGCGGCUGGGUGAUGCAUGCAGUAAAAGGAGGAAUAUCCCGGAGACAUUAGAACUGUCAGAGAAGGCCAAGCAAGAUCUGAUGGACUUUGAGGAACAAGAACGGCAAAAGAAACAAAACCGCUUUGGAGGCCGAGGCAGAGGAGGAGGGCGAGGAGGCAGAGGAAGAGGAGGCUUCCCAGCUUUUGGAAUGGUGGAUUUUAGAGGAGGCAACAGAGGAAGAAUGAAUGACCAGAGGCUUCCCCUGAUGGGAAACAUGGGCAUGCAGCAGCCAUCCCGAAUGCCUCCUCCUCAUCAGCUACAUCAGCAGCAACUGCAGUCCCAGCAGCACCACCAUUCACGUCCAAGAGGACCUCCUCCCUUCCAAGAGCAUGGGCGCCCGCUGGCCCAGCAGCCCCUUCAGCCCCUUAUCCCCCCGCACAUGGCUCACCGCUCCCCACCGUUGCGGCCCCAGAUGGAGCCGCCACCACGAAUGAUGAGCUCCCCACCACCCAACUUCCCCCAGCAUCACCAGCAGCAGCCUCCACAGCCCAAAAAUAUCCACAUUAACCCCCAUUUCAGAGGGCCCACAUCAUCCUCAGUACAAGUGCCCUUGAUGCCUCCUGCUCAGAGCCAGCCCAGACCUGCUGUGGGUCCUCAGAGGUUCCCUGGACCGGGAGACUUUCAGCAGCACAUGUCUGGUAAUUUUGGUCAACCCCAGCGGCCCCCUCAUCACAUGGAGCCCUUUAGGAACCAGCCACCUCAAGGCCCUCAAGACAGAGAGCCCCUCUUUAUGGGAGAACGCACAGAGUCAACACGGUUUCCAGGGCAGCACAUGUUUGAUCACCAGGGACCUAGCCCUCUGAUGAACAACAGCCACAACCUCCACCAUCAGCAGCUGCCCGGCCAGGGCCACAUGAGCUUCGGCCCACCAGGACCAGCCUUCAACCAGCCAGGCCAGGGUCCUCUAGGACUUUUUCCGAGAGAACCCCCAAGACCCAACCUCCCUCCCCACCAAGGUCACCAGGGGAUGGUCGGCUUGAAUCAACAAGGUGGCCCCCCCAACCAGCCAAGACCCUUCAUGGGCCCUCGUCAGCCGUUUGGUCAGCAGGGGAACCUUUUCCCCCCUCCGCCAGUCCAGUUUGGGAUGCAGGUACGACUAAGAGGCUUAAUGCACGGCCCUCCUGUCUCCCAGCUUCAGCACCACGACCCCUUGCCGUCCCAUCAACCCAUGCACCAGCACCAGCAACAUCAUAGGCAGGAGUUACCCCAUCAUCAGCAGCAGCAGCUAAAUGUCAAUGUGCCUCGCCCCAUGAUGCACCAUGGCCAGAAUCCCUUCCAUCAACAGCAGGCCCAUGGUAGCCCCAGGCAGAUGACUCCCCGCCCUCAGAACCUCCAACAGCGAAACAUGUCCAACAGGCAGAGGACGAACACGCCUAUCUCCAAGCAAAUGCAGCAGCGCAACAGCAACCUACGGGAGCUCCCUGUAGCACCUGGCAACACAAACAUGAACAGUGCCCGCCCCGCCGCCAACGUUAGGCCUGUUGCCAAGGCAACACAGGGGGUGCGUCCUGCACAGAACACUCAGCCGGUGCCUGGCAGUGGCAGAGGAAGAGGCCUAGUUGCUGGCAAGACCGAAUCACAGCCUGGGGGAGAAGGCAGGACAGUGGUUCAGAAGGAAAUCCCGAGUACACUGUCCAGUGUGGCACCACAGGACCCUGAUGAGGAUGAGGAGACACGGCAGUACCGUCUGAAGAUUGAGGAGCAGAAGCGUCUAAGAGAGGAGAUCCUGAAGAGAAAGGAGCUGCGGCGGCAGAUGCAAGCUGGUGUCAGAAAGAAGGAGCUGCUGGACAGGCUCAAUACCAAUACUCCGAGCCAAGGCCUGGCUCCUUCACAGAUUCAGCCCUCACAACAAAAUCAGCAAACACCACAUCCUGUCCAGCAACCACCUCCACAGCCACAUCCAAAGCAGCAGCAGGAACAAAAACAACAGCAGCAGCCACAACAGCCACAACAGCAGAGACCGUUUCCUCAGAGACCCCCACAAUCAUUAAAUCAAUCAUUAAAGAAUCCUAAUCAAGGCACCCCCAUCCCUCCUAAUGGCAGCGCUCAGACCCUUACACCACGUCCUAAUGUCAAGACACGCCUGCAGAUGGUACAAGGUAGCGCCCAGCAGCUACAGACCCCCGGACCUGGUCCAGACCAGCAGUGGAAACAGCCCCAACAAAAUCCGCAACAUCUGCAAGCACAGCGAAGGAACAGUGCCGUGCAGAAUGUAAACAGAGCUGGUGCUCAGAUCCAGUCCAAUCAGGUGCCCCAAAAGAACAUACCUCCCUCUGUGGUCCCUGGCCAGGCUCAGGCUCAGGCUCAAGGACCCAAACCUGGAGCUAAAAGAACUGUGAUGCAGCGAGCCAAGAAUUCUGGUGUCGAAGGCCAGCAGGUGCCUCAAAAAGUUAGAGUCGUCAAACUUUCAGGAGCGAGCGGAAAGGUGCCUGUGGCCGCCGACAGCCCAGUGCAGCAACAAGGCAACUGGUCGGCAACCCCGCUCAACCAGGUCGUCCAACGGAAGGUCACCAUGACAGGACAGCAGCCACAGGGACCAAGCGGAACACCGCAGGCUAGCCGAGGGGGCAUGGGCAACCCACAGCAAAACAGGGUUGUCGUGUCGGGCCGGGGCCGAGCUAGAGGGGCCGGUCAGACGGGUCGAGGUCGUCCGAUGUCCACCAGACAGACCCAAAGAAGUGCAGAGAGCGAACGUUGUACUGUGUCCAUAGAGGGCCUCUCCUCAUCCACAACUGAUGUUCAGCUGAAGAACCUUCUUAGGUCCAUUGGCCCCAUAGAGAUGUUCAAAAUGAUGCCCCAGCAGAGGAAAGCAGUCGCCACAUUUUCCAGUCCCCAGCAUGCAGCAAGUUUUCAAAUGAGCUUCCACAGGCACAUGAUUGAUUUGUCCCACAUUGACGUGUCGCUGAUUGAUGGAUGCGGAGCCCAAUAGAGCCAGGGAGUCCGGUUAGAAGAAGUUGCUUUCUCCCAGCGUGAGAGCCUCUCGUGCGUUGCUCCAAUCUGCCUGGCACAGGAAUAUUUCUUCAGCCCUUUUGGGGUCACACAACUCCUCUGCACAGAAGCAUCGUUCAUCGCCUCAACUUGGAACAGUGAACAUUAAGACUCUGGCUGCAAACAUGCCAUUGAUUGACUUUGUCUACCAAUUGUCCAUUGUUGUAAAAUGGCACUGGAGAGACACUGGACACUUAAUCCUUCUUUGAUCUAGAUUUUGAAGAAUGUUUUGAGCAUUUUACACCAAGUAAGACGUAUCAUGGGAUAAUGGUUGCUCCCCUCUUCAGUUAGAUUCGUUAUAAAAACAGAAAGAAAACUUUAACUUUGAAAUUCUCAUGUGACCAUUUCAUGGUCGUUUUUCAUUAUUUGUGGCUCGCUGUUAGGUUUCGGUUGCAGAAAAUGGUUGAGGCAACUUUGGCUGGCCUAUUCCCAAAGCAGUAUUUCUCUCCCUCUGUAGAUGGCAGCAUUUCAUCACGAAUGGCGCUUAAUUUUUUUCCAAGUCAAGCCUGCUUUCAGGUACAGAUGAGUCUCCAAGCAGCUCUUGGGUGAAUGGCACUGCCUAGUGGAGAACUUGCAUACAGGCACAGAAGUGGAUGAUUUUAACAUUUGACACAUAGCAGUGAUUUGGACCAAACUGGCAUAGGAUGUAACAUGAAUGCAUGUUUUUCUAAAUUCCCAGUGGUUUGGAGAAUUGUAAAUGUCAUGACUCUUGUGUAGAUUUUGUGGUGCUUUUUCAGUUUCAGUGCUUCUUCUGGGACAGAUUGUCCAGAUCAUCUACCGUUUAGGUUAAUAUUGACAGGUCCGUUAGCGUUGCCCCUUGUUCUAAAUGUUAUUAACUCUUUUAACUGUUAUAUGGAAUCCAUUUUGGGAUAAUCCGUCAUGCUUUUGGAUGUAUAUUUUAGUUGGAUGUGUGAGUAUGGAGCAGUUAGGUUUGUUAUCCGUGUCGAGUGCUUUGAGGGAAUGUCUACGUAAGUUUUUUUUUUUAUUUUAUUUUUUUUAUUAUAAUUACAAUUUAAAUGUAUAUUGUCGGAUUUAAAGAUGACCAUGUAUUUGGUAAAUCAAAGAGAAUUGGUAACAAUUCUCUGCAGGGUUCACACACUUAAUGUAUAUUUUUUGCUAGGGUAUACAUUAGGCCUACUCCGCUCUGUGAUUCGAAUCUAUGUGGGUAGUUUGAGUUGCAUAGUGUACCUGGAAUAGCACUUUGAGCAGUUUGCCUUCACACUGAGCUGAUAAUGUAAAUGUUUGUCAGCAGAGCAGAAAAAUAAAAUUCAUCCAUAGUAACACUUUGCCCCAUAAAUUGAAUUCCCCUUAUUAUUAUAAUCAUCUGUGAAUUUUGGGCUCUUACUCAUGUUGAUAUUUUACUCGUACAUAAAGAUACGCUUCUUCACAUGUGUGACAAAUUGUUGCGCAAUCUCUAAUGCAUCACUUUAUUUAACUUUUCUCUGAGCAUAUGUCCUUGUUUGGAGAGUGCUACCACAUCACUGAAAACCUUACAUUCUCUAAUUACUUCAUUUCCAUGUCUGGCUCUCAGUUUUAAUUUCAUGAGAUGUCAUUAUUAAAGGAAAUAUAGCAAGUUUAGGCUCAUUUCCAUUUCCAUAAUUCCACCAUUUAUUUCUUCAUCUCACAACUUUUUUUCUCUAUUCUGGGCUUAAAGUUUGGUGAACAAAAGCAGUUCUCUCAAAUCUUCAGACAUGGUUACCUGUGUUUACCAAGAACUGAAGUUCAUGUCAUGGACGCUAUUCGCAGGAAUGUGACACAGGAAGCUGAGGGGGCAACCAUUAUCUAUGUAGUGAUCAUGUACAUAAGUAGACCAGAACUUUCACUCAAUAUUUAUCCUGUUAACUUUUUUUUGAGUUAUUCUUUACUUAUGUUGUAUCAAGUUAAAUAUUUUUAGAUGUAAGCAUAUGCUGAUGUGUCCAGACAUGCAUCAUUUUACAAGUGUUUUGUUUCUAACUUAGAGCCAAAAUGAAGAAUGACUGGGCCACAUUUCUGUUUAUAAGACAUUUGACAAAACGUUUAAAGGGAAAACAAGAAAAUAAAAAUAUGGCCAAUAUACCGUGAGCAUGCAGGUAUGUGAAGCCAGUUCAACUUUAGCCCAAAGAUGUGUGGUUGUGUGUGAUGUCCAUGUGUCUGGUGCCUUUUUAUGAUGAAUAAUCUCUCUUAUUUGUGCUGCAAUUUUUUCAAUUAUACUUUACGUAUUCUGUAAGUGCCCGGGUAUUCAACUUGCACCAUAUCACAUAUACUUUAAAAAUCUUGUAUAGCAAGAAAUACUUCCUCCAAAUAGAUUUAGAGGGAUGCCACUGAAUUUGGGGAUUGAAAUGAUUUGCUUCAUAACCAGAAACGUGACAAUUUUUGUCCUGCCCAUUUACCUGUGAUGUCAUACUAAUGUUCAGCUCCGCACAGCCCUGACAUGCUAGAGGUAAAGCGAUAGGAAAAGUAAAUGUAGCAGGAUUUUAAACGGUUUCACUGAAUUUCCUUUGUUUGGAAUAAGCCAUAAUACAAAGAUAAUUUGGAGCGUUAACACAUUGAUUCCUGUUAGUAAAUCAACUCCUGGCUGUGCAUCUGCAUGACAUCACAGAUGAGGUUCUAGGUUCUCUGGUUUUAAGAAAAGAGUUGUUCAUAUACAUAAGUACUUAUUGGCCUCUGCGCUUGACUGCAUGUGUUAACCAAAUUAAUAAAUGUAGUGGUAUUUCCCUUUUCAAUAGCUAUCGCUUGAAAUAACUCAAAAUCCAGAAAGUCUGAAAAUGAGCUGCACAUGCGUGGUUCUUGCCAGUAAAGGUCACUAGAUUCUGCUUCAAAUAUCACAAGUACUGGGUCAAAUUGGGUGUUUGCAAAUGUCUGAACCCCUAAAAACUCCUUCUUUCUUCUUGUAAAACUUGAGGUUGCGUGGUUUCACGUCCUUUUUGUAUGUUGUACAGUUGCUCUAAACUGACUUCUUUGUGCUUUUUUUCCUUUUUGUUUUUAGUUGAACUGGUGUAGACGUUUUUGUUCCCUAACAAUGUGUAUUUAAUGUCUUUUAUGUUGUGCGUUACACUUUGGUUUUUAGUGCCGUGGUAAAUCCUGUGGAUUUGAAAAAGUAUCGGCAAUGCCGGUGAUAGCAAUAUUGUUAUAAGGCAAAUGGUCUUGUAAUGACAGAACAGAUUCAUAUUGAAUCUAUUUGUACUUUAAUUUUAAGAAUUUCGUACAUGUGUAUAUAUGUACCUUGUACUUUUAGAUAUCAUGUUCUAUUUCUCAGAAUAAUUUCCUUGAGGAAAAUGGUUCACAGUAGGUUAUUAUAGUUAGAUGUGUGUUAGAUGUGUGUGACAUGUCUAUGGGGCUUUCUUGUGCUUGUAUAAGAGACCCUCAUUAUGGCUGCCGCUAAUUACCAGUAUCUGAAUGUUUACACUAGCUUUGGGUCAAAUACACAACACUGGGGCAACUGGGGUUGGGUUCUACAAAACACUAACUUACAGCUUCUUUUUCAACAGGUCCAUUUAGUUAUCAAGGGUGCAGACUGGCUGAAAUAAUCAUUUAAUUCUUUCUUUGUUUUCAGGUCACAGCUCCUUCAACAGAGCGGUGCCACAAGCUGUCAUCAGUGUGGUUGCAUGCCCCCAAACGUUAAGGGACCAUGCCAAGGUUUUAACAUGUUUUAGCAAAUCAACAAAUUUGGUUAUAAAUAUGUUAUUUGCUACUGACGAAUUUUAUAGCUUCAGCUUUUCCCAAUUCAAAGGCAGCUGUUGGUUUUAGUUCAUGCUAGCACUACAUUGUAGAAUCCAUCAUAUUGAACUUGGCUUAUGUUUUGUCAAAAGUUAAAAUUGAGGUUGUUGAUGCGUUUAGGCGCUUUCGCAAAGAUCCAACAUCUGAUAUUUGAGUUGGGUGGUUUAUAGUUUGCUCCUCUGAUGUAAUAAUUUAAGAUUGAAAGCCAAAGCAGGUCAUUUGAAACCACUUGACACUGUUUUUAAGACUUUUCUAUCCUGCUGGUAUGAAAAAUAAUUAAUUUGCUGCAUGUUGUGUUCAUCACCUCACCAAACUGAAAGUUUUUAAUCAGGUUUUAUUUAUCCAGUGUUUCCUCAAGUUGUACUAAACAAACAAGAAGAUGCAAUAUGUCAUCUCCAGUUGUUUUCCUUGGUUGGUUUAAUUAAUAGUUGCACCUUGUUUAUUUAAGUUUACUUUACACCAGAUGGAUAGGAUUUUUUUUGUGCAAAAAGCAGCGUCACGUUUUGUCAAAUGACCUACAUUUGUUUUUUAAGUUAAUUUACCUGUUAACUGUAUUUAUCUUUGAGGACAGCCGUGACUUAAAUCUAACUCUAAUGUCAUUGCAGAAGUUGGAUUACAUGAGUAUGCAAAACCAUUGGCAUGGUCCAACACUUGAGGUGCUAUUGGUUUAAACACAUCGGGCUGUUUGAGGCUGUAACUGCACAGAGGAUUUGUUUUGGAUGGCUUUAAAUAGAUCUGUCUUAUGAAAAACUCACCUGAUGUGGCCCCCAGUCACGACAGGUGUCACCACGUAUUAACACAUUCAUUUUUCAACAGCGCACUGGUGAGGGCAGCCAUUGGCCAGCUUAUUCCAUGAUACUGCUAUGUCACUUUUCGUGCUUUAACUCACUCACUUAACGCUUCAGGUUCUUUUACAGCCACGUGGUGUCCGGCCUCGGGAUGAAGACUUUACUUGCGCUUACUUCCCUCACUUAAUAGAUGUUGCCGCAUUCACAGCAUUGGGCCUGCCACAUUUCCUUCCAUUUCUGCUUUUCCUGCCAUCGCUGUUUCCAAUUUACACACAUUUGACAGUUGCUCAUCUGUUCCUUGACGCUGACGUUGUUGAAUGAACCUAAGACUUCUGUAUCAAGCAGGGUGGCCUACCUGGAUUACCAUUGUUUGUUAGCCCAGUGGAUGGAGGUUUCCAUCUCUGUGACGACAGCCGGGUUCUCAGAGCAGACACGUAACUCUAAAGCCGCUUUAUGGCUUUCACUGCACCAAAGGUCAUCCCAGCCUCUUGACAUGCAUUGUUUGGUUGGAUCUUGAAAAAGACACGGCAGUGGUUACCUCAUCUCGAACAGUACGGUGCACCAAAUAAUGCCUGAAAAUCCAACCUCGAGUUUUGACUGAAACUGUUGACGAUCCAUCCUAUCAUGUGUGUUCACACUGUGAUGUGUAACAUGAAGUAAUCGGGUUUUGUGUUUGAACAUUCUGAGAUCACUGUGAAAUCUGUUCUGGUAUUGUAAAUUAUGUGACUUUUCUAAAGAGAUUGGAUGUUUCUAAAAGUGAAAAUGUCUUAAAGAGAUGGAAUGUGUUACUUUUGAUACCAGAAGCUGGAGAAAAAUAAACUUUUUGAUAUACACAUCA